AUGGAGAACGACAAAGAGAUCGUCGCAAGCGAGCCAGUUCGUAGUGAAGAUAUAGAGCGUCUACCUACUCAUGGUACCUAUCUCGAAAAAGAUGAAGCAACGCAUCUCUCAGAGGAGCAUCGGCAGUAUCUCUUGGAAAGACAUGGCACACUUGAGCUCGAUCCUAUACCCACUAUGGGUACGGCCGAUCCAUACAACUGGCCCCAGUGGAAGAAAGUGAUGAACCUCUUCUUUGUCGCCUUUCACGCCAUGAUGUGCGCAUUUCCUGCUGCAGCAAUCAUUCCAGCCUACGAGGACAUCUCCGAAGACCUAGGUGUUAGCCUCCAAAGAGCAUCGUAUCUUACCUCUUUGCAAAUUGCCAUCCUUGGAGGUGCUCCGCUGUUCUGGCGGCCACUCUCUACACGAUACGGACGCCGACCUAUCUUCAUUAUAUCCUUGAUCGGCAGCUUGGUCUUCAAUGUUGGCUGCGCGAAGAGCCAGACGUACGCUGCCAUGGCAACUUGCCGAGCUUUCCAAAGCUUCUUCAUCUCACCCCCGAAUGCAAUUGGCAGUGCCGUGGUGGUUGAAACAUUCUUCAAAAGGGAGAGAGCGAAGUUCAUGGGUAUCUGGACGGUCAUGAUUACCCUUGGUAUACCUCUGGCACCGCUCAUCUUCGGCUUUGUUACGUACAAUGUCGGCUACCGCUGGAUCUACUGGAUCCUUGCGAUCGUGAAUGGUGUCCAAGUCAUUCUUUACACCCUUUUCGGACCAGAGACACGUUUCAUCCGACACGGCGACGUGCAACAUGCGCAAUCCGGUUUCGCAGCCUACAAGGAGAUGUACUUGAAGUUCCGUCGUAUCGACCCUACACCCAUCACCCUCUCAGAGUUUAUCUCGCCCCUUCGACUGUUCAAGUACCCAUGUGUAGUCAUUCCGGCUUGCGCAUACGCAAUGGUAUUCCUCUUCGCGUCUGUUCUCGCAACGGUUGAAAUUCCGCAACUCUUCGGGGAGAAGUUCCACUUCAACGCCCAACAAAUCGGCCUACAGUUCCUUGGCGUCAUCGUCGGCACUGUUAUCGGCGAGCAAAUCGGCGGGCACUCCAGUGACCUCUGGAUGCGAUGGCGUGCAAAGAAGAUGGCUCCCCUCCGGCCUGCUCCAGAGUUCCGCCUUUGGCUGAGUUACUUUGGUAUUCUUCUCACCAUUUGCGGUGUGGUCGUGUUCCUCGUACGCAUUGAGCAAGCCCCCAACCUACACUGGAACGUAACCCCCAUUGUUGGUGCCGGUAUAGGUGCAGCAGGCAACCAGAUUGUUACCACAGUUCUGAUCACAUACGCUGUAGAUUGCUAUCCUGAAGAAGCUGGUAGCAUUGGCGUGUUCGUUACUUUUGUGAGGCAAAUUUGGGGCUUCCUCGGUCCGUUCUGGUUCCCUCCCAUGUUUGAGAAUGUAGGAAUUGCGAACAGUGCUGGCAUUGUUGCGGCAUUGCUUGUGGGCGUUAGUCUUGUCCCGGUCAUGUUCACGCAUUGGAAGGGCUAUACGAUGAGGGGCCACAUGUCGGAGAGAAUGUAG